CUUAUCUCUCAUUACCAAAACAAACAAAACUUCUCCAAUUCAAAAACCUUCUAAAACAACUUCAUUAUCUCUCAAGAAAGAAAAACACCAACUUUCAGCAAAAAUGUUUAGUUUCUCAGAUAACGAUUUCUUUGCUCGUAGAUGUGUUUGGGUAAAUGGUCCUGUAAUUGUAGGUGGAGGCCCAUCAGGAUUAGCAGUGGGAGCUUGUUUGAAAGAAGAAGGAGUUCCUUGUGUUAUCUUGGAAAGAACAGAUUGUAUUGCAUCUUUAUGGCAAAAAAGAACUUAUGAUCGUUUGAAACUUCAUCUUCCUAAAAAAUUCUGUCAACUCCCAAAUUUCCCAUUUCCAGAACACUACCCUGAGUACCCUACAAAGAGACAAUUCAUUGAUUAUCUUGAAUCCUAUGCCAAAAAAUUUGACCUCAAACCACAGUUCAAUGAGUGUGUCCAAUCUGCUAAGUACGAUGAAGCUUGCCGCUUGUGGAGGGUGAAAACUGUUUCAGGUAAUGGCUCUGAAGUUGAGUAUAUUUGCCAGUGGCUUGUUGUUGCCACUGGUGAAAAUGCUGAAAGAGUUGUGCCUGAAAUUGAAGGGUUGAAAAAUUUCGGAGGUGAAGUAAUUCAUGCUUGUGAGUACAAGUCUGGCGACAAAUUUCGAGGAAAGAAAGUUCUUGUUGUAGGCUGUGGAAAUUCUGGCAUGGAAGUUUCACUUGAUCUUAGUAACCAUAAUGCUCAACCAUCAAUGGUUUGCCGUAGCUCGGUUCAUGUUUUGCCAAGAGAGAUUUUCGGGAAAUCAACUUUUGAGCUGGCUAUGAUAUUAAUGGCAUGGCUACCACUUUGGCUAGUCGACAAAAUUCUACUUAUUCUAACAUGGUUUAUUCUUGGAAAUAUUGAGAGUUAUGGACUAAAAAGGCCAUCAAUUGGACCAUUAACACUCAAGAAUACUCAAGGAAAAACCCCUGUACUUGACAUUGGUGCUUUGGAAAAAAUCAGAUCAGGAAAAGUUAAGGUUGUACCUGGAAUCAAAAAGUUUAACUGUGGCACUGUUGAACUUGUCAAUGGUGAAACACUUGAAGUUGAUUCAGUUGUUUUGGCUACUGGCUACUGCAGCAAUGUUCCUUACUGGCUACAGGAAAGUGAAUUUUUCUCAAAGAAUGGAUUUCCAAAGGCACAAAAUAACUGGAAAGGAAAAUCUGGGCUAUAUGCAGUUGGAUUUACAGGGAGAGGGCUGGCUGGUGCUUCUGCUGAUGCUAUUAGAAUUGCUAAAGAUAUUGGAAAAGUACAUCAAGAAGAUCUUAAGCAAAAGAAGCAAAAGGUUCCAACACACAGACGUUGCAUCUCUACCUUUUAAAUUCAUGUGAAGAAAAUCAUAAAAAAGAAGAAGAAAAACCCCAGAAUUUCCCUUCUUAUUUUUUUUCACAGGGGGAAAGAGAUAGAUGUAAAAUACUUGUGUAAAAAACAUAUACUACAAAAGCCAGAAGAUAGCCAUAGGUUUCAGCCCUCUCCAAAAAUGCCCAAGUUUUGCUACUGUUUGGGUGUUUUGUAUGUAAGGAUGUAGAGGCGUUUUAGUUCCUCUUUUCUUUUUUUCCCCAAAAAUUUAUCAUAUGUUUUUAUUUGUAUUGACAUUUCAUACAUGUACAAUCUCUACUGAUGAUUAAUUACAAUGACAAAGGUAUAUUUUUUUA